CAACUGUGACUGCAAGUGGACACUGAAGGUGUGAUUGUUAUAACGAGAACAAAGGUGUGUAGAAUGAAGCCCAAGUCUUGUAAAAACGUGGUUCACAGUAUAUUGUACGCAAGUGUUCAGUCGAAGAAAGCCCAUCGUAAGCGAAGCCUCAGUCGAGAGAUAUGAUGGUUUCUAUGGAAGAGUAGCAAUCGCUUACUGUCCAAAAAGAAGAAAAACAAGGAGUUUUGUAGUUAUAGAUAUUGCCGAUCGGACCCAAGUGAAUCGAUCCGAGAAUGACUCUUCAAUGGGAUAAGCUUUCACCAGCAGAGUUUCAGCAGCUCCAAGAUCUGGCGGCUUACUCUCCGAAAAAACUUCAAGAUGUACUUGACACGUUUUGCGGUGGUGCAACUACACCGGGAGGAGUGCAGAAAUAUCAUCCGGACGGGGACAUCGAUUACGAGGGAUUCCGCAGAUUUCUUGACACUUAUCUUCAAGUCGGUGCUCCGGAUGAACUGGCCAGACAUCUUUUUCUGUCUUUUGUCAAAAAAGUACCCAACGCCGCGGACAGCAAAGCACUCAAGGAGAUGGCGGUAUUAUCAUCCACAACUGCGUGCGCUGUCAUAACUUCGCAUACGACGUCGAACAGCAAUGUAAACAGCACAGGUAUAACGAGCAGCGGUGGAACAGCCGAGAGUCAUAGCGGUGGAUCGUCUUUGGUCGAAAAAAUUCAUGGCCUCACAGAAAAACUUCAAGCGUUUGGACACCACAGGAGCGACAGCGAAACUUCCGCGAGAGCUCGAACAGGUAGUGUCCAUCCUAUGCUGACCGUGACGCAUACAUCCUACAGUUGUCACGAUGUAUUGGAAAAAAAAAGUACAGACAGCAGCCCAAGCCACAGUCAAAUGUCCCGAAAUUCGUCUCGAAAAUCUAACAACUCUCUCUUCAUCGGCAAUGGCAGAUUAGAAGAAAUGCGGCAUCUGGCCAGAAAACAGAGCAUGAUAGAUGUAUACUCCGUGAAAGUAAGCUUGAAAGAUAUCAUUUGCUAUCUUUCUCUGCUAGAAGCUGGCCGACCCGAAGAUAAACUCGAAUUUAUGUUCCGGCUGUACGACACUGACGGGAAUGGAGUUCUUGACCGAAACGAAAUAGAUUGCAUAGUCAACCAGAUGAUGAAUGUUGCGGAAUAUCUUGGCUGGGAUGUCACUGAACUGAAGCCGAUUCUUCAAGAUAUGAUGAUAGAGAUCGACUAUGACUCCGAUGGGACUGUAUCUUUGGAUGAAUGGAAACGUGGAGGUCUUACAACGAUUCCACUCCUUGUCCUUUUGGGGCUUGACUCGCAUGUUAAAGAGGAUGGGAAUCAUCUCUGGAAAUUGAAACAUUUCAGUAAACCAGCCUAUUGUAAUCUGUGUCUCAACAUGCUCGUUGGUUUGGGUAAAAAGGGAUUGUCCUGUGUCUUUUGUAAAUAUACCGUACAUGAGAGGUGCGUUCAAAGAGCGCCUGCUUCUUGCAUAGCAACUUAUGUAAAGAGUAAAAAAACAUCUCAAACGAUGGCUCACCAUUGGGUGGAAGGUAACUGCCAUGGAAAGUGUUCGAAAUGCAGGAAAACGAUAAAAAGUUACAAUGGAAUCACCGGACUCCAUUGUCGAUGGUGCCAAGUCACUCUUCACAACAAAUGCGUCUUUCAAGUCAAGGCUGAAUGCACUCUUGGAGAACACGCGGCCCACAUAUUACCACCCACUGCUAUUUGCCCCGUCGUUAUCGACAGACAAAGGUCGCUCUCUAGAGACAGCAAAAGAGACAGCAGACAUGGACAGGACGGUGCAUCUGCCGCUUCUAACUCCUCCGUAUACAGAGGAGAAUCCCAUCAGCAGCCAGCCAUAUCCUUUCAAAUUACUCUGCCGGUCGGAGUAACUCCACUGCUAGUUUUUAUAAACCCAAAAUCUGGUGGCAGACAGGGUGAAAAAAUGCUCAGAAAAUUUCAGUACAUCCUGAAUCCUAGACAAGUUCACAACUUGGCAACCGGGGGUCCUAUGCAAGGGCUUCAAAUGUUCAAAGAUGUUGAAAAAUUCAGAGUCAUUUGUUGUGGGGGAGAUGGCACCGUUGGAUGGAUCUUGGAAACAAUGGAUCGUGUUCAAUUUCAACAACAACCUGCUGUCGGCGUUAUUCCGUUGGGAACAGGUAAUGACCUGGCAAGAUGUCUCCGUUGGGGUGGUGGAUAUGAGGGGGAGGCAAUUUACAAGGUUCUUAAGAGAAUAGAAAAGGCGAUGCCAGUAAUGAUGGAUCGAUGGCAAAUCGAAAUGAAAGAUCAGGAUGAAGAGAAAAAACCUAAUCAGGAAAGCAUACCGUAUAACAUAAUAAACAACUACUUUUCGGUGGGUGUUGACGCCGCAAUUUGCGUAAAGUUUCAUUUGGAAAGGGAGAAGAAUCCAGAAAAAUUUAACAGCAGGAUGAAGAAUAAGCUUUGGUAUUUCGAGUAUGCAACCAGUGAGCAAUUUGCUGCCAGCUGUAAAAAUCUCCACGAAUAUUUGGAAAUAAUAUGUGAUGACAUUCCUUUAGAUAUAGCUCAUGGGCCGCCGCUCCAAGGCAUAGCUCUAUUGAAUAUCCCCUUCACUCAUGGGGGUUCGAAUUUAUGGGGUGAGAACCACGGGCGACAUCACCUUGGGAAGCGUCGGAAACGUCCAGAUAAAGAACUGAGCACUAGUAGUUUCCAUUCCGUAGAUUUGAACGCCGCUAUUCAAGAUAUAGGAGAUAAUCUCAUAGAAGUAAUAGGUUUAGAAAAUUGCUUGCACAUGGGUCAAGUUAAGACCGGUCUCAGAGCAUCAGGAAGAAGACUGGCCCAGUGUAGUAAUGUUAAGAUAAAAACGACCAGACGAUUUCCUAUGCAAAUUGACGGCGAGCCAUGGAUGCAGGGACCAUGCACGAUUCACAUCACGCAUAAAAACCAAGUACCGAUGUUGAUGGCACCUCCGCCUGAAAAGAGCAAGGGAUUCUUUCACUUUCUUAAAAGAUAAGUGUGAAUUAUUCUGUCUCAUCAGCUUGUAUCUUUUUAUAAAAGUAUUAUUUUUGAACGUU